UAAUCUUUGCCCCGGCUUGGCGCGAGUGAAUAUUGAAUGACUUCCGGUAUCCCACUUUGUGGAAUUCGAAUCGAGAUAAAGUCGAUUGUUCGAGAUCCCCGUUUGAGAGUAGGGAACAAUCUAUUCAAUCUGUGUUCGAGACAGGAAGUUUACGUGUUGAAAAUUGACGUGGCGGUCAAUGUUUUAUAGCCGGUGAUUGAACUAAUUUCUAGAUUCCAGAACUAAUUUAACAAUUAGGAAACUGCGGAAAAAUGAAGAUAACAUUAUUUGUGGUUUUGGCUAUAUCAACCGUAUUUGCUGGUGUUCCUAGUCCCGAGGAAACCAAGCGUCUCAUGGAUCAUCUUUCGGACCAGGAACAUUUUAGGAAUGAACACCACAAUAAGCAGUUCGAUCACGAUGCGUUUUUGGGAGAAGACCAGGCGAAAACUUUCGAUCAGCUGCCGCCUGAAGAAAGCAAGCGGAGACUUGGAAUAAUCGUUGACAAGAUUGAUUCAGACAAUGAUGGAUUUGUGACACUUGUGGAACUGAAAGAUUGGAUUAGAUAUACACAAAAACGGUACAUCGAAGAAGAUGUGGAGAGACACUGGAAACAACAUAAUCCCGAAAACAAUGAUAUUCUUCCUUGGGAGGAAUAUAGAAAAAAUGUAUAUGGAUUUAUGGAUGAAAUGGAUGAAAGAGAGCUGAAGACACCCAACAGUGAAGGUUUUACUUACUCUAACCUGUUGAAGAGAGAUCGCAGGAGAUGGCAUUAUGCUGAUGGAGACCAAGAUGAUGCUCUGAACAGGACUGAGUUUGGGUACUUCCUGCAUCCCGAAGAUCAUUCGGGAAUGCGUGAUGUUGUUGUAUUGGAGACUAUGGAAGAUAUUGACAAGGAUAAUGAUGGUAAGGUGUCAUUGGAGGAGUACAUCGGAGACAUGUACAAGCCGGAAGAUGUUGAUGAAGAAGAGGAACCCGAUUGGGUGAAGCAGGAACGUGAACAGUUCACUGGAUAUAGGGACACAAACAAAGAUGGUUUCAUGGAUGAGACGGAGGUGAAGGACUGGAUUGCGCCGCCGGAGUUCGACCACGCGGAGGCGGAGGCGAGGCACCUCGUGUUCGAGGCAGACGGUGACGCUGAUGAGAAGCUCACCAAGGCAGAGGUCCUGGAUAAAUAUGACCUGUUUGUUGGCAGCCAGGCCACUGACUUUGGUGAGGCCUUAGCGAGGCAUGAUGAGUUCUAA